GUGACUGGGACUGUCAUCCUCUAGAUCCUGCAGUUUGGCAUCAUCCAGUUUCGUGGCAGCCAUCCAAAGAGGGUGACCACCUGAUUGGGCGGAUCACUCUGAGCAAGAGGUCAGCCGUGCCCCGUGAGGCAGGCUCUCUCCUGGGACUAAAAGUGGUAGGAGGGAAGAUGACGCAGACAGGGAGACUUGGGGCCUUCAUCACCAAAGUUAAAAAAGGGAGUCUGGCAGAUGUCGUGGGACACCUACGUGCAG